AUGGAAAUCUAUAAAGAAAUACAACAUGUACACCAUCACAAAACAACAACAACAAAUAAUAAUACAACUAAAACAUUGGCACCUGGAGGUGGGUUAUCAAACUUGCUACUUUUAAAGAUCAUUGGCUUUCUAGAUGACAUUCAAGAUAUUGCAUGUCUGCUGAUGACUUGUAAAGCAUACUACAUUGCAUUCAGAAUCAAAUAUGCAAAUGUAAUCACCUUUAAAUAUGUUAAAAGAUAUGGCAUUAUAGAGCAAUCUAUGAAGACUUUUCAAGAAAUAUUUGAUGCAAGCUAUGAACAAAGAGAUAGGUUUAUUCUUGAUCGCGUUAUCGAUUUAGAGGACAACAAAGACGAAAUGGAAACAUCUGAUUCACCUAUCGAGAUGAAAGACGAACCUAUACUCAUCAAUGCCACUGUCAAUCAAAAUAAUAUCACAAGAAUACCACCAACUCGCAAACUCACCAUCACGGGGUACAACAUCGUCGACUGCAAUGCUAUCUUGUCUAAACUUUCUCAUCCAAGAAUACUUGAAUCUCUCGAAAUAAGCAACCAACAUGUGAACAUUGACCCACUCCAAGUACCAUCGCUCAAGGCAUUAUACAUACAUUUACAAUCACAACACUGUCACAUUCAAUUCCCAUUGAUGCUAGUCGAAUUGCAUCUCUCGUACCUACACUAUGAACGUUUUAGUUUGGACCUUUUAACACUAGAACAGCUCACCAAACUAAAUAUUGUAUCCAAAAGCCCCUAUAUUCACGCAAAGGAUAUCAAGAUACCCAAAACGUCUCUCAAACACUUGUCAAUCCAAUUCAUUCUUUACGACGAGUUUGAAGACUUUUUCCCAGACACUCUAGAGUCGCUUGACCUUCAAGACAUUUCUCUUCUUGGUGAUGCAUUACCACCUCCAAACCUCAAAUCAAUGUCGAUUGGUAACUGUGAAAAGGUACCACCAGCCAACUUCUUCCCAAGUAGCCUAAAGAGUCUAAAGUUGAUCUUUUCAAGUGAAAAGUCGUUUAUAGCUGGUUUACUUCCAUUGGGUCUUGAAACAUUGGAAUUAAACAACUAUAAUGGCCCAGUAACACUAGAGUACAUCCCAGACACUGUCACUACUCUAACAAUCAACAACAUUGGUCACCCAAUGAAUACCGUUUUGCCUAGUGGUCUACAAAACUUAACAUUUAGACCAGAGUCAGAACCUCCUACCAUGUAUCCCUCAACCAUACGGUCCAUUAACUAUCAAAAAAGAUAUCAACAUACACCAACUCUAUUCAUCUUGCCAACCUCUAUAGAGUCGUUCUCUUUCGAUGCGGUGGAAGCCAAGACAACAUACCAAAACACAGUAUUCUCACUUCCACAGAUUAUGAUCAUCAACAAUGAUGACAGUCCACUUGCAGAUAAUCCAUUUCACUUUGUUUUGCCAUCACGUGUCGCUCAUUUGACCGCCGGCGUUCAGGUGGACAACGAUAGUAAAUUCAGUUUUAGAUUGGAUACAAUCAUCAAUUACUCAAAUGUACAAGAUCUAUCAAUUAUCAUAAAUAGUAAAAGAGAGAUGAAAUUUAAAAUCAGAAGAUUGGAACCAAACAAUGAAUACUUUAUGUUACACUCCAAGGACAGUUUUGAUGGAGCAAUCGUUAGACAAAAAAGAUUGAGCAACAAUAGUAUGGUUAAUAGAAGUAUUCUUGAAUAUUAUCCAUUAUUCGAGGAAUGGAUGGACUUUAGUUUUACUCAUGCCUCUGCUGCUCUAGAGACACCUCUCGAAACCAACUGUAGAUCUUACAGAACCCCAAAAUCUUGCGAAGAACACUCUCCCAAAUGUAGAUGGUACCAAAAAAAAAGACUCUGUGUAAAGGGUUCGGGAGAGGCUAUUGAACCAGAGGUGGUGAUCUUUGAACAAUAA